CUUGCGGAUCGCGGCAACAUGACCCACGACGUUUGACAAUGGCCAGUUGAUCUGCUGGCGGACGUAACUGGAAGGGGGCGGGUUAUCUGACGCUGCAGAUCCUGCCACGUCAGAGAGGAAGGGAAGGAAGAUGGCGGAGUGGGGGAGAGGUUCAAACUCAGGCGCAGUUGAUGAGAUGAUUGAUGCUGAAAACAAGCGUAUGACAGAAAAUCUAUCCUCCAAAGUGACGCGGUUGAAAUCCCUAGCACUGGACAUUGACAGGGAAACUGACGACCAUAACAAGUACUUGGAUGGAAUGGACUCUGACUUCAUGAGUGUCACUGGUCUGCUGAGUGGCAGUGUGAAGCGAUUCACAGGAAUGGCGCGUUCAGGGCGAGAUAAUCGCAAGCUCUUGUGCUAUGUUUCAGCUGGACUUGUGGGACUCUUCUUCGUAUUAUACUUUAUAGUCUCCCGGGCCAGCACGUGAGGGAAGUUAUCUUUCACAAUAAAGACAUUCCUUAUGCACAGUCACCCUAUUACCUCCAUGCAGGGAGGGGGCUUUGGCUUAAUAUACGAGCUGAAGAGGAACUUGGCACUUUCACAAAUUACUUUAACAACUCUGACAAGUGAUUCAACCUUAAAUAUUGUAUUAGUGAUCUAAAGGAUAUCCAAGUAGCGAUACUGAUAUUAACUGAUUUGCGAAAUACCAAACUCUUCUACAAAAUGCAGUUCAUGGUUAUUAAGUAUAUUAAUAAAUGGGUUUAACAUGCCACCUAAAAUGACAUUUUGUAAAGUAGCAGCUUACAUAUGUUAUAGUGACUACAUGUGCUGCGUCCGCUUAGCUAUAUAACUCUCAUAUUGUUUGGAAUGGAAGAUAUGAGAACUAUGAAAUAUAUUUAUGUAUUUGAAGAAAAUGUUUCCUUUUUCAUUUAUAAUGAAAACAACUGCUAAUCCCGAUAUAGUGGCAGCGGUCCUGAAAUCCCUAAAUCUUAAGGUGCAUACACACUUGUCGAGAAUAUGAGAUACUUCACUCAUUUUCACCCUUCCUGAGCGACGUCGCUCACUUUCUCGGCAAGUGUGUAUGCCGCCGCCGACCAGCGAAGCGCGGCUUUGUGGGUCGUACACGACCCUCGCUGUCUGCCGUGCAGGGAGCUCGAUUUGGACUGUCAUCCAAGAGCUGCCUGCACGGCCCAGCCACUGUGUGACGUCACUGAGUGGUAUAAAUGUCAUAUCGCUCACUGUGUAUGCCCAACCGCCUCAGCCUGGGAGGGGAAACACUAGGCGAUGUCGCUCACAGAGCAUGUCGCCUAGUGUGUACCCAUCUUUAGGCGUAAACUUACUAAGGUGGGAGUUUUUUUUUUUAGAACUGGUGGUGUUGCUCAUAGCAACCAAUCAGAUUUUACUUAACAUGUAUCUAGCUGCUUCUAGAAGAAGAUAGAAUCAGAUUCUACCAUCGCCAGUUCUAAAAAAAACUUAGUAAAUUUACCUUUUUGUUUGAUACUGCACCGGGCUGCAAGUUCAUAAACAUGUACAAAGCUAGUUCUACCAUGUGACUGUAUUAUGCAGUUCUUUAUAUAGAAAAUCAUAGGCCCUAAAUUUCUGUAAAGUCUGUUUUUUUUAGUUACAACCUCUUUUGUAUAUCUGCAAUGUGUAUAUUGUUCUGCAUUUCUCCGAGUUUAGUAAAUAGUCUUCCUGCUUGUACUUUUACCAUGUACUUGUUUAUGUGCCAUAAUAUGAAAACAAAAAUACCCUGUACAAUUCUAUGUAGUAUUGGUAUGAUCAUCACAUGGCAUUUGUAGGAUAAAAUGCAUUUAUAGCAGUAUUCUUCCCAGGAUCUAUUUCACAGAGGUUUUACCCAGCUUUUUUUUCUUUACGUGCCACCAAGCACGAUCCUUAAUCACGUGUCUGAUGGACAAAAUCAGUGUUGCGCUGUAUUUACUUUACGGGGAUGGCCACAGUACCAGAUCUCUCCCCCAUCUUUAAGAGACAGCCCACAGUUUUUACCAUUCAAACAUUGCAGAGAAGGUAGAUGGAAGGUGCAAACAUGGACGGUAGCUCCCCCGUGUGCAUUGGGGGUAAUUCCAAGUUGAUCGCAGCAGGAUUUUUGUUAGCAGUUGGGCAAAACCAUGUGCACUGCAGGAGGGGCAGAUAUAACAUGUGCAGAGAGAGUUAGAUUUGGGUGGGGUGUGUUCAAUCUGCAAUCUAGUUUGCAGUGUAAAAAUAAAGCAGUCAGUAUUUACCCUGCACAGAAACAAUAUAACCCACCCAAAUCUAACUCUUUCUGCACGUUAUAUCUGCCUCCCCUGCAGUGCACAUGGUUUUGCCCAAUUGCUAUCAAAAAUCCUCCUGCGAUCAUCUUGGAAUUACCCCCAUUGUUAGAGACAAAUCUGUGUCCAGCCAGCAAGUGGGCAGUAUCUGUGUCCAGUCAGAUUAUACUGCCCCCACCUGGCUUUUUUGUAAUGCCGCCCGUCUGACAAAAUAUUCUGGAAAGGGCACUGUUAGUUUCUGUUCUUUACUAAUUUAUCAGCUUGUUGGUUUUAGCCCCAAGCAGGUGUGUCCUCUUGCAACACUUUUACCUAUAAAAACGCAAAACCUUGCAUCAUUUUGUAAAUACACAAAACAAAGAUAAACAUCUGCCAAUGACACAUAAUGGUUGUAAAUGAUCAGACUUUUAGCAUUUAUUCUUUAUAGCUGUAUACACUUUUGCAGACUGAAAUAUGUAUAUUUUUUAAUGCAAACCUGUUACCAGUUCAGUUAUGUUCUUGGAUGAUGUGCCAUAAAAAAGGUUUAACUGAAAAUGUGCAAGUGUCAGGCAUUUAAAAAUAAAUAAAUGACGCAUCACAA